AUGGAGAAAAGCGGGGUUUUCCCAAGAUGGUUGGAAGCAUCGACUGUAUGCACUGGAAGUGGAAAAAUUGUCCAACCGCUUGGAAAGGAAUGUAUUGACGAGGCACCGGGUAUCGAUCUUAUCGCAGGAGGUAAGAGUAAGAAGACUAAGAGGACGGCUCCCAAGUCCGAUGAUGUCUACCUCAAGCUUCUCGUCAAGCUUUACCGGUUUUUGGUGAGGAGGUCUGAAAGCAAGUUCAAUGCUGUUAUUCUCAAGAGGCUUUUCAUGAGCAAGGUCAACAAAGCACCUCUAUCACUCUCUAAGCUCGUCAGUUUCAUGAACGGCAAGAAUAAGGUUAUCUACUUGAAUCUGAGAAUGAAUGUAUUUAUCCUCGUCCUUUGUGUCUUAGUGUGA